AUGUUGGUUGAGAAUGGAGUCCUCCCCAUCGUGCGCCAGCUCACCGCGUUCGCCCUCCGCACUCAGCAAUCUGGUGCCCGCAAAGCGGUUCCAGCUACUGAGGCGGAGACCCGGGGACCCCACGUGGAGGUGCGUGAAGAGCAUCAUUCGAUGUUGGGUUACCACAGUGUCAAUUAUGCUAAAGUGACUGAAGUCGAGAAUGUUUGUGAAGACAUUGAAAAUAAUAACGCGCAGAAGGAAGAAAAAGACAUCACUCCAGGUGAUAAUAGCGUUCUAACAGCAUAUACUUCCAAUUCAAAAGGAGUACUUGCACAGUGUUUGGUAUCUGGUGCAGUGUUACUAUUAGCAGCUGGUUCUGGAAUGCCAAUUGGUUACAGUGCUAUUCUCUUACCACAAUUGGCCGAAGACAAUGGUACAAUGCAUGCGGAUCGAGAACUUGGAUCUUGGAUAGCGUCAGUUCACAGUUUAGCGACACCUGUGGGAUCUCUAUUGUCUGGCCCACUGUUAGAUGGUAUAGGUAGACGCGGUUCUUUACAGUUAACAGCUAUACCACUCUGUGCAGGCUGGAUCGUUAUGGGUAUGUCAAGGAACAUACCUUCUCUUCUAAUAGGACGAAUCGUAGCCGGCUUUGCUGUAGGCUUGAUGGCUGUACCAGCUCAGGUUCUGUUAGCUGAAACAUCUGAUCCAGAACUCCGUGGAAUUCUAACCGGAGGAUCACUCGUUUCUUAUUGUCUCGGUAUUCUCCUAGUGUAUUCUCUGGGAGCCUCGUUUACUUGGGAUAUCGUAGCUUUUUGCGGAAUUGUACUGCCUCUUAUAGCACUGACUGCGUUAAGUUUCAUACCAGAAAGCCCUGUCUGGCUUAUGAAGCAGGAAAAGCCUAGGAAGGCAAGAAAAGCUCUGCUGUGGUUGAGAGGAGGUAACAUGGAUCAGGUCAAUACUGAAAUGGAAAUUUUGGAAGCUCGAGUGAAAGCAGAUUUAGCACGAAAGGUUACAAGCAUGUCCUGGUUGGAGCAGAUUUUUACAGCAAUCUCUACGAUCCUUGAUCCAAGCAUUUUGAAACCCCUGACAAUCAUCAACAUCUUUAAUAUCCUUCAACUAAUUAGUGGGACAUAUGUUGUUGUCUUUUACGCAGUAGAGUUGAUCUCAGAUAUUG